AGCAGAAAACAGAGUGGGAGUGCGUGAACUGUGUGAAAAAAGUAGACAUAAUCUCUCCGGCCAAUCUCCAUUGGAGCUGAAGCGGGUGUUUAGAGGAAGAAAUGGGUUGCACGCCCUCCAAACUCCACAACGAGGACACGGUGCGUCGCUGCAAGGACCGCCGCCGUCUCAUGAAGGAGGCUGUCUACUCCCGCCACCACCUCGCCGCCGCCCACUCCGAUUACUGCCGCUCCCUCCGCAUGACCGGCUCCGCCCUCGUCGCCUUCGCCGCCGGCGAAGCCUUCUCCAUUUCCGAUAAUGCUCCUCCCGUCCUCCUCCGCACUCCCACUCCCACCACCACUAACACUAACCCCCCUUCUCCUUCACCCUCUUUCCACCCACCUCCCCCGUCACCCCCAAUGUCCACCGCCUCCUCCCGACACCGCAAACCUCCGCGGAGACGGAGACAGCCAAUCAAACUACCCCACAUUCUCUCCGACUCAAGCUUCUCUUCUUCCCCGCCUCCGAAUCACAAUUUCACCUACAAUUCGAGACCAAAUUCGACCUACUCGGCCACUCCUUCACAGACCUCUUCGAUAUGGGAUUGGGAGAAUCUCUAUCCCCCGCCGUCGCCACCGGACUCCGAGUUCUUCGACCAGCUCAAGCCAAACGUAACUCCAGCAAACGAAAACGACGAUUCAUCCUCUUCCUCCUCCGAUGAUCAUCAUCCCUACAUCGUCAACGACAAAGCUUCCAGGUUCACACCCAGCUCGAAUCUGAAUCCAUUCGAUGACCGAGAAUCAAAUCACUCGUCGCCUUCACGUCGCUCAGAAAUCAAUCAAUCGAGAAAGUUCACGAAGAACAGCGGCGAGGAGACGGAGAGAGAGGAGGUCGAGUGCAGUGAGUGGGGCGAUCACGAUGACUACACCAGCUCGAGUGAUGAGGGUGAAGAGGCGGAUUUGAAGUCGAGAUCCGAUUUUGAAGUGAGAGAUGAGGGGGCUGCUGAUUCAGGGAGUGAGAGAGUGAAGGCGAAGAGCUCCAAGUAUUGGAGUAAAUUGGAUAAGAUUUCAUCGGAGGAUGAUGGGAAGGAAGGUGCGAAUUCGGAGACAAGGAUUGUGGUGAGGCACAGAGAUUUGGGGGAGAUCGUCGCAGCUCUCGUGGAGUAUUUCGACAAGGCUGCUUCCGCUGGCGAGCAGGUGACGGAGAUGCUGGAGGCCGGGCGGGAUCAGCUGGAUCGAAGCUUUAAGCAGUUGAGAAAGAGAGUGUAUCAUUCUAGUGGAAUGUUGAGCAACUUGAGCUCUAGCUGGACUUCAAAGCCUCCGUUGACAGUUAAAUACCGGUUCGAGCCAAGCUCAGUCGAGCUCUCCAGUGGCAAUAAGAGCUUGUGUUCCACUCUGGAACGCCUCUUGGCUUGGGAGAAGAAACUCUACCAGGAAGUGAAGGCUCGUGAAGCAGCGAAAAUCGAGCAUGAGAAGAAGCUAUCUGCACUUCAGGGGCAGGAGUACCGCGGUGAAGAGGAGUCGAAAUUGGACAAAACAAAGGCCUCAAUAAAGAGGCUGCAAUCUCUAAUUGCGGUGACAUCUCAGGCUGUUCAAACCACCUCUUUCGCCAUUGUUGGACUACGGGAUUCUGAUCUGAUCCCGCAGCUUGUGGAGCUUUGUCAUGGAUUCAUGUACAUGUGGACAUCGAUGAAUCGGUUCCAUGCCCUCCAGAAUGACGUGGUGCAGCAAGUUCAGGGCCUCAUCAACCGCGCAGGAAAAGUCGAGUCGACUUCUAACCUGCACCGGCAGGCCACUCGCGAUCUUGAGUUGGCUGUAUCAGGUUGGCACUCCAGCUUCUGCUGCCUGAUAAAGUUCCAACGCCAUUUUGUCCGUGCCCUUCAUGGCUGGUUCAAACUGACCCUAUUCCCCGUCCACGGUGAGCCCGCUAAUGCCCUCUCCGAGGUUCUUGGUUUCUUCGACGAAUGGAAGCUCGCCCUUGAACGCGUCCCCGACACAGUUGCUUCCGAGGCCAUCAUAAGCUUCAACAACGUGGUGCAUUCGAUACAGUUGAAGCAAACAGAGGAGGCGAAGAUCAAGAAGCAAGCUGAAACCGCAUCAAAGGAGCUCGAGAGAAAGGCCUCCACCAUCAGAAACCUCGAGAAGAAGUACUAUCACUCCUACUCCAUGGUUGGCAUUGGACCUCCCGACGCUAGGCCAGAUAAUGGGGAGAUGCUAGACGCGAGAGACCCGCUGGCAGAGAAGAAAGCAGAGCUAGCUACAUAUCAGAGGCGAGUGGAAGAUGAGAUGAGCAAACACUCCAAGGCAGUGGAGGUGACCAGAGCAAUGACAUUGAAUAAUAUCCAAACCGGGCUUCCCGGAGUUUUUCAAGCUAUGACGAGCUUUUCUGCUCUGAUGUCCGAAGCUCUCGACUCUGUGUGCACCCGCUCUUAUGCCAUUUAGUAGGAUCACGGAGCUGCCGAGCUUGUUGCCGAACUGCCGAACUACCGAACUGCCGAACUUGCGAACUGGCGAACUUGCCGAACUUGCCGAACUCGGUGCGCGAACUGCCGAGCUAUCACAAUCUACCAACAAAU